ACUACCUGUCUGAUUAGAUUGUCACUUUGCCCCGACACACUCAAGGGCACACACCUCCAACGGAAGCUCUCCGCCUGCAUUGGGGAAAAAACACAAUCCACCGACCAACAAACAAACCCCCCUGAUCCUCACGUCGCCCAGAUGGACCACGACCACGACCACGACCACGACCACUGCCACCUGUGCAAGGAGUCCCUCCGGGACCCCGUGUCCAUCCCGUGCGGACACGUAUUCUGCUCCAUCUGCCUGAAGACCUACUGGGACCACACCGACCCGUCCGGCUCCUUCCUCUGCCCCCAGUGCCGCGUCUCGUACCACAAGAGGCCCACGCCGCGCCGGGUCGGCAGCUCGCGCUACGCCUCCUGCCCCCCCCGCUCCUCCUCCGAGGCCUUCCCUCCCCCGCCGCCCUCCCCCGACUAUAAUGGAGGAGGCGGCGGCGGCGGCGGCAGCGGCGGCUACGCGGGGGCCCAGGACGUGGGCUGUGACAUCUGCGUGGGCAAGAAGCACAAGGCGGUCAAGUCGUGCCUCAUGUGCCUGGCGUCGUACUGCGAGAAGCACCUGAAGCCCCACUACGAGUCGGCCACCUUCAAGAGGCACAAGCUGGUGGACGAGAUCGGCCACCUGGACCGGCAGAUCUGCCCCCAGCACCAGAAGGGCCUGGAGCUCUUCUGCAAGACGGACCAGAUGUGCAUCUGCGUGCUGUGCACCGUCAAGGAGCACAAGGGCCACGACAUGGUGUCGGCGGAGCAGGAGCGGGCCGAGGAGCAGCAACGGCUGGGCGCCACCCAGGCCGAAAUCCAGGAGAGGAUUCAUGACCGCAUGAAGCAGAUGGAGGAGCUGAAACAGGCGGUGGACUCGCUCAAGAGCUCAGCCCAGCAGGCCAUGCAGGAGUGCGAGAAGCUCUUCAGCGACAUGCUGCGCUCCAUCGAGAAGAUGCAGCAGGAGAUGUCCAAGCUGAUCUCGUCCAACAAGAGGGCGGCGCUCAGCAACGCCGAGGGUCACAUGGACCGGCUGACCCACGAGAUCGCCGACCUGAAGCGCCGCGACAACGAGAUCACGCAGCUGUCCCGCACCGAGGACCACAUCCACUUCAUCCAGAGCUACCAGAUGCUCAUCGCCCAGACGGAUGCGGAGGAGCUACCCACCGUCAGCGUCAACCCCUACUUCUCCUUCGGCCAGAUCACCAAGUCCGUCUCUGACAUCAAGCAGCAGCUCAGCGAGUUCGGCAACGAGGAGCUGGUCAAGAUGGCCAAGACAGUUAACAAGAUGCCGUUCUGUCAGCUGGAGGAUAAGGAGGGCAAGAGAAGGUCUACGAUCAAAGCUACCGCAGCUGAUGAAGUGGCCGUGUACCGAUCAAUGCCCACCCAGGAACCCAAGCACAGGGAAGACUUCUUAAGAUUCGCCUGCCAGCUGACCCUGGACCCCAACACGGCCUACCGGCAGCUGUACUUGUCCCGGAACAACCGGAAGGCGGCCCUGAAGCGGGACCCCCAGGCGUACGGGGACAGCCCCGCCCGCUUCGACUGCCUGCCCCAGGUGCUGUGCAAGGAGCCGUUGUCGGGCGGGCCCUUCUACUGGGAGGUGGACUGGAGCGGCGAGGGGGCGGCCCUGGGGAUCACCUACAAGGGCAUCAAGCGCACGGGCUACGGGGACACCUGCCGCAUCGGCUACAACCGCAAGUCCUGGAGCCUGUUCUGCUCGGACAGCAGCUACUCGGCGCGCCACAGCAAGGACCAGCUGGAGAUCAACGCGCCGUACGCGCCGCGCAUCGGCGUGUUCCUGGACCACGCCGGCGGCACGCUGGCCUUCUACAGCGUGGGGGACACCAUGACGCUGAUCCACCGCUUCAAGGCCUCCUUCAGCGAGGCCGUGUACGCCGGCUUCUGGGUCUGGUACGAGUCGGCCAUCACCAUCGGUCAGCUGUGAGGGCAGCGCCGGCAGGGCAGCCCAGCCAUCAAUGAUCAUCUGUGAUUUGUUUUGUUGUUGUUGUUGUUGAUGAGGAUAUAGAUUAUAUGAGGAGAAGGAAUAUAUGUGUGUGUAUACUAAGGAAGAUAAGAAGUUGGAGUUAUAUAGGCGGAGAGAGACAGAGGUGGUGUUAAAAUGACAUUUAAUGUGAUGUUGACGGAUCUAAGUGUACACAGAAGAUGAUUUUUGUUGACGAUGGUUUUCUACUUAGACAAAUUUAGGAUGUGUAAAUCGCAUAUGAUUCAUAAAGCGUUGUAUUGUACUUACUGGAAUGUUUCACAGGCUCUAUCGUCUAUGUGACGUGAUCAAUCAAUGAAUAUUUAAAUGCCAAUUGAAAUUUUUAUAUAUUUGCAAAUAAAAGGAAAUUGUAUUAUACA